GUAUAUGAGGGCCAGCAGGGAGGUGGGGUGGGUGCAGAUGCUGUGGCGCUGGGGGCAGCGAGUCCACAGCCAGUGCAGGCCCCCCCUGACCUCCUAGCACAGCAGCCAGGAAGCAUGAGAGGCCUCCAUCUGGUCCUGCUGGCAGUCCUGCUGUGCCCAGACCAGGCCCUGAGCCUACAGUGCUACUUCUGUGCUGCGGCCCAGACGGUUGCACAGUGCCAGGUCAUGUCCUGUGGACAGGCACAGAAUGUCUGCUUCAAGGCCAACCUGAUUGCCACCUGGCAGGAUGGACGGAAGGUCAGCGUGAAUCAAGGAGGUUGUGCCAUUUCCUGUGAGGCGGCGUCCAAGUUGAUGCAGAUGAUGUCUAAAGCAGGCCCAGGGUUGGGUCCGAUGGACACCACGGUGGAGGGGAUUGGUGCGCUGGUCCCCAAGUUAGAAGUGCAGAGUGUGUCUUGCUGUGAAAAGGACCUCUGUAAUGGGGUGUCCCGAGCAGGGCGCAGCCUCUGGGCCCUCACUGGGGGGCUCCUGCUCAGCCUGGGGCCAGCCCUCCUCUGGUCCCUGCUGUGAGGACCUGCCUCAGGCACAGAAAAGGGCCAGGGCGGUUGUGUCCACACAGCACGCACGGAGGCGCCACAACUUCUGUGCUGGCCCACGCACACACGCACACGCUCAGACCUGGGAGUGCCAGGGGCCAACAGGCUGAGCUGCACUCCUCCCAGUCCAGGGGCCCAGAGAAAGAGGGGGACCCACCCCCCGCACUGACCCGGCUGUGCCAACAAGCCUGUCUAGUUUGCCGGCACCAUCAGUUGACCUUUGACCCACAAGGCAGGGACCCCCCUGCUGGAUGGGGGCCUCUGGGACAGCUGCCCCCGCAGCUCCUCUGGCAAGUGUGCCAGUGUGCCCCCCGCCAAGAGAUAAUAAACUCUAGUAAACUCGG